UCCCUCUUUACCAAUCCCCGGUCCCGAGGUGAACAAAACCCCGGCAACAAAUCGUGCAAAUAUACGAAUUUGCAUUAAUUUAGAAAUCAUCGGAAAAAAUCGACGGUUUGUUGAUCAUCAUCCCUUUCAGAUCUCGCCGAUCCUAAUUUCUUUCUUGAAGCUUUUUCUGCAAUAAACAUCAUUCACUGAUUAGUUUCUACUAGCUUUGGCCAUUCACUGGUGUUUGCAAGUUCUUGAAGCUUUGUUGGGGUAAAAGCAGCUGUGAUUGCUGAUUAAUUCCUUGGAAAUAAGGCAUUGAAGGAUCAACAUGAUGCAGCCUCCAUCAUAAACUUAAUGUCAAGGAUUGAAAAGGGGGGAAGCAAUUAUCAAUGAACAUGGAAGGAGAACCAAAUGUCUCAAAUAGUUCAAAUCAUCCAGGUGGCCUGGAGACCACUCCUGAGGUUAAAAGAGAUGUUGCCUUUACAGAAAGGAUAGUGAAUAAUAAUAUGGAAGAUGAAGGAAAUCAAUCUUCUGAAAAUGCUCAAAAGCAGUUGGUGCCUUAUGACCCUGCUGCCACUGGUACUGGUGAAAUGGAACCUGUUUCGGGCCCCAUUGAUUUUCCAAAUCGGACACCAGGUGUUUUGCGAUCUAUAGGGGCCUUUGCUGUUCAAUGCGCCAACUGUUUCAAAUGGAGGCUCAUUCCCUCACAGGACAAGUAUGAGGAAAUAAGGGAACACAUUAUAGAACGGCCUUUCUUGUGUGAAACUGCUCGUGAGUGGCAACCUGAGAUAUCAUGCAAUGAUCAGCCUGAUAUUGCGCAAGAUGGAAGUAGGCUUUGGGCAAUUGACAAACCCAACAUUGCCCGACCUCCUCCUGGAUGGCAACGGAUUUUAAGAAUCAGAGGUGAAAGAAGUACAAAGUUUGCAGAUGUGUAUUAUCUUGCACCAUCAGGCAAGAGACUUCGAUCUGUUGUGGAAGUUCAAAGGUACCUGAAUGAACAUCCAGAAUACAAAGAAGUUAGCUUGUCACAGUUUUCAUUUCAAAUUCCAAGACCUUUGCAACAAAACUAUGUGAGCAAGCGUCCUCGUGCUGCAUCUUAUGAUACCAAUGAUGAUGGAAUGCCAGAAUGCCUUGACCCAUCAAAAGUCAAUCCCCUUGCACGUGUUGCAUCUGAUGUGGACACAGACUUGCAGCUUAGUGGCCCAGGCCUUUCUGCUCAUUAUUUUGGGACUCCUGGUUUGAAGCCCGAAAAUCAAUCGGCAAAGAGAAAGCGGACACCUUCAAAGAGGAAGCGCAAUGAUGAGUUAGCCUAAACCUAAUCAUGAUCAAGCUGGCAGGGUCUCGUCUGCUUUUAUCUGGUUCUUAGAAUCUGGAAUCCCCCUAUUUGAUCUCUAGGCUUGUGUAACACAUCGUUUUCAGUUACUUUUUGAAUGUGCUAGCUUUAGUAGUUUGCUAGUUAAGUAGGAUUUAUCAAGUCAAUGUUGUGAACUAUAUGUUUAUCGUGCUAUCCUGGUAAUAAGGGACUUGUGGUUCAUAUAUAACUAUGAGCAGUGGCAUCUUGGGUGUAGGUAUAACACAGACUUACUACUGAGGUAAAGCCUUAUUAAUGGGGUAUUUGGUGAUUGAACUCACAUGGAUCUUAGUUAAGCUUUAGCUUAUAGAUGAACAUUACCAUAUGUAAAUUCAGGUGGAUGGUACACAUCAGUACUCCAGUGCA